AUGAUUAUAAAAAUACAGAAGUUCCCUCACUGUAACAAAAACAUUGAACAAGAUUUAAGAGAAUUAAUUAGCAAACCAUUAAGAAAACAGUUUAUGAAUAUUUGUUUUCAACACAAUCUUAUGCAUGACUAUAAUUGGAAAGAAAAGGAGAAUUUGGAAGAAGUUGUAGAGAGAAUUGUAAUAGACCAUUUUGAAAGCACUGAGUUAGCUACUGACUUGUUAAAAGAUUAA